UGGCCGUGUGGCAAAAACUGGCAACACAGCCAACAUUUCGCGCAGAGCCCUUUCGCUAUCGCGCAUUUCCUCGCGCGCUCACGCUGCCCUCUUCCCCCUCCCUGAGAGAAAUUGACAGCAGCUGGGUCGCCUGUGUGAGCAAACCCCGAAGGACAGACACGGCAGAAAAUAAAACUCAGCCGCUACAGUGGGCUCCCCCUCCCCCCUUCCCCUCACCGUUUGAGUGUACAUAUCAACAUACCGACGUUAGACGAGCGCUGUGACUCGGUUUCCCCGCUUUUAUAGCGGAGCGGUCGGGACUUUUCUUCCUCGCCAAGUGAAACGCCAGUAGCUUAGCCGAGCUAGUGGGCUAACGCGACUAGCUGGGUUCAGCUACACAGAGGAAUUACGAUUAUUCCACCGAGAGACACUGAAGAUGUCGGGGAAGGAGCAGAAUAAACAGUCCACCACUGAACGGCUCGUCAAAGCUGUGCCGUACCCUCCCACGACACGGCUCACCAUGAAAGAGCUGUACGAGGAUGGCAAGCCCAAAGUCGAGCUCCUUAAGAGCCACUUGGUGAAGGAGGGCCGUCUAGAGGAGGACGUGGCCCUACGCAUCAUCAAUGAUGGCGCCAACAUCCUCCGCCAUGAGAAGUGCAUGCUUGAGGUGGAGGCCCCUAUCACAGUGUGUGGAGAUGUUCAUGGGCAGUUCUUCGACCUGAUGAAGCUCUUUGAGGUGGGGGGUUCCCCGCACAACACACGCUAUCUAUUUUUGGGAGACUACGUGGAUCGAGGCUAUUUUAGUAUUGAGUGUGUGCUCUACCUGUGGGCCCUGAAGAUCAACCACCCGACCACCCUCUUCCUCCUCAGAGGCAACCACGAGUGUCGGCAUCUCACAGAGUACUUCACUUUUAAACAAGAAUGCAAGAUUAAGUACUCGGAGGGCGUGUAUGAUGCCUGCAUGGAGGCAUUUGACUGCCUUCCUCUGGCAGCUCUGCUCAACCAGCAGUUCCUGUGCGUACACGGAGGCCUUUCCCCCGAGAUCACCUGCCUCGAUGACAUUCGGAAAUUAGACAGGUUUAAAGAGCCUCCGGCUUUCGGGCCGAUGUGUGAUCUUUUGUGGUCUGACCCCGGGGAGGACUAUGGCAGCGAAAAGAGCUCAGAGCACUUUUGUCACAACAGUGUGCGAGGAUGUUCCUAUUUCUACAGUUACCCUGCAGUAUGUGACUUUCUGACGAAUAAUAACUUGUUGUCAGUUAUAAGAGCGCAUGAAGCCCAGGAUGCAGGGUAUCGAAUGUACAGAAAAAGUCAGACAACAGGCUUUCCCUCAUUAAUCACAAUCUUCUCUGCACCAAACUACUUAGAUGUGUAUAACAAUAAAGCUGCUGUGUUGAAAUAUGAGAACAACGUCAUGAACAUCCGGCAGUUUAACUGCUCUCCUCACCCGUACUGGCUGCCCAACUUCAUGGAUGUGUUCACGUGGUCACUGCCCUUCGUCGGGGAGAAAGUAACAGAGAUGCUCGUCAAUGUGUUAAACAUCUGCUCAGAUGACGAACUCAUGUCAGAGGGAGAUGACACCUGUGAAGGUGGUACCCCGGCAGUCCGCAAGGAGGUGAUCCGAAAUAAGAUUCGUGCCAUUGGCAAGAUGGCCAGAGUUUUCUCUGUUCUUAGAGAGGAGAAUGAGAGUGUGUUGCAGUUAAAGGGCUUGACCCCGACUGGAACGUUGCCACUGGGUGUGUUGUCAGGAGGCAGACAGACCAUACAGAGCGCCACCGUAGAAGCAGAGGAAGCACGAGCCAUCCAAGGCUUCAAUCCUCAACACAAGAUCCAGAGUUUCGAAGAAGCACGUGGUCUGGACCGAAUAAACGAGAGAAUGCCUCCACGAAAGGACAGCAUGCUGCCGGGCGGCACUGCCAACUCCAACUCAGCCAACUCCCCCGACAAGAACGGCACCAACAACCAGGCGUAGUAACCUGCAGCAGCUGCCUACCACUCUCUUUCCCUCAUCCAUUUCUUUCUCUAUCUUUUUUGUCUCUCUUUUCCUUCCCGUUCUCCCUCGUUCUGGUAGAGGUGAUACCCCCUACAUGCAAAACUCUCCUGGACCAGAUUGGGGGAGAAUCGCACAUACCAUGAAGAGGGCGUAGUGAAAAACAAACUAUGGUUCUUAUUUAUUUAUUGAUAUAGAUGAUAAGAAAUGUAAGAUCUGUAACAGUGGAAAAAAUCGAGAUGAAUGAAUAAAUACAUGAUAAAUAUUACGUGUAUAUUAAAUACAGAAUAUAUAUAUAUAUAUAUAUAUAUAUAUAUAUAGACAUAGCAUUGGGGUGGUGUAAGUUCAUCUUAGAUUCAGUAGUUUAAAAAAGGAAAAAGAAAGAAUCCAUUUUGUAAAUUUCCGUUAAUAAUUUAGAUUUAUUUCUGACUUUUUUUUUUUUUUUUUUAAACAACCAAGACUUGCUCAGCAGAAUUUCUUUAAUGUUGUUUAUCGUGCGCUUGGCAUGGGAAUUUUGUGCCCAACAUAAUUAUAUCGAGUGCUUAUUUGUGAAUACACAAAGCUAGUAUGAUAAUAUCUUUGAAGCAAAAAAAAAAAAAAGAAAAGCAAAAAAAAGUCUCAUGACAUAAAACAACAAAACAUGUUUUUGUUUAUGAAAAAAAAUGUGGGGAAAAACUUCAUAAUGCCAAUUAUAGAUAAGGGAGUGCAUUAAUAACUCAAGUGUUGACAUUUUUAUGUACAUUUACAUUUUCGAGUGUUCCCUCAACCAAAUGUAAUGUUUACUUUGUUUCAUUUGUUUUCUUCCUGUUUGUAACUCAGACUACAAAAGGUGAAAGAGUGAAAGGCAUCCCAAAAAGCCCUUGAGAUGGUUUGAGGAGCGCUUAUGUUUGCUUGUGUGUUUUUUAUUUUCUCAUUUUGUUCAUUUGUGUUCUCCUUUCUGUACGAUACUGUUAUUAUUGGCAACUGGCGAUUCCGCUGUGCAAAAACUCCGACUUCCUGUACGUUAUACAUUUGAGGUUAUGUGCCAUGCUAAUACAUAUAGCAAAAGUUCUGUGUGCAUGCAUUGAGAUUGCACACAGUACGACAUGUAUUUUCCAUUUUAUUUAAUACCGCAAGCAAUCCAGUUUCCAUAUGUCUUGCGCAAUACUUCAUCGUUUUGUGGUGCACACGUUUAAACAAGGAGACUCUGCGAGGGUAAACUUGCAUGUUAUCAAUACUGUAUUUAAAAGGAACUCUCAUCCAAAGAAAAAUCAUUGUUUUAAUGUAAUAUAUGGCUGUAUCAUUGACAAAAAAAACUGCUGAUUGUAUAAGGUUGUUACCUCUCCAUUUGCUUGAAAAGAGGCAAGUGCUUCAAUCAGCCUUUUAGUUGUUUAGACACUCUGUAAAGAAAAAAAAACAAUGGAAGGAAAAAGAGCCUUGAACGCUUUACUCUUUGUGAUUUAAAGCACACCUGAGGGAGGCCUACAUCCUUAAACAGGUACCAAAACGUGCUGAGUAGGUAGUCAUGUCCUAAUAACCACCUUUUUUGUGUCCACUUAAGUGUUUGUCUUUUCAAGUCUCUGUUUUAUGUAAAGAGCUUCUGCAGACUUCAGUUUGGUUUUGUUCGUUUUCCUCCAUGUUUAAUUUAAAAGGGAUAUUUGCUAUGGUUUGAGAGAGUCGUGUGUUUUGGGUGGGAGGGGUGCUUAGAGGUGGGGCUAUUGUUCGAAAUAUUGGAGAAGAAUUGGGGCAUUUAGACCAAUAAUCCCAUUGUAGGAGGGCUUCAUUUUUGCCAUCUGUUAAAAAUUCCAAACAUAUCCUGCAGAAUCUACAGAAAAUGUGUAAGAUUUUUUUUUCUUAAUAGCUAAUAAAAGGACUGUGGAGGACGUUGUGUCCGAUUGUGUCGAUUUAUGGUGAUGUAUCACUCCAUUGAAAAAAAAAAAAGGAAAACAAAAGUAAAACGAAAUACAACAAAAUGUUGGGAAAAGAA